GCGAGCGCGCGCGGGGUCGCGGGUGGGUGGACGGACGGGGCUCGCUCCGCCGCGUUUUUCGGUCCCCCCCCCCGCGCGAGGAUCGCAAACUUGGCGCAGGGAAAGCUCUGGGAUGAAGAACAAACCGACUUUAGCGUGAGUGAUGGAGAACGGGAAGUCUCUAGUCCUUAAGAUGGACGAAUCGCUUCACCUCUCUCUGGAAAAACAUCCCAGCCCAGCAGCUAACGGCAACAAGGAAAGCUUCCAUUCAGCAGAUGAAAGCUCCAACCCUGAAGAGGCUGGCUUCAGUUGGGAUGAAUACCUGGAAGAGACAGAAUCUGCAGCAGCUCCACACUCCUUAUUUAAGCACGUGGAAGUCAGUCUUCAGAGCAGUUUGCAGCCUGGUAUGAAACUCGAAGUGGCCAACAAGCACAACCCGGACACUUACUGGGUGGCUACUACCAUCACCACGUGUGGCCAGCUGCUGCUGCUGCGUUACUGCGGUUAUGAAGAUGACCGCCGGGCUGAUUUCUGGUGCGAUGUGAUGACCGCCGACCUCCACCCGGUGGGCUGGUGCACGCAGAACGGGAAAGUGUUGAUGCCCCCGGACGCUAUCAAAGAGAAAUACUCAGACUGGACGGAGUUCCUGAUACGUGAUUUGACGGGCUCACGAACGGUGCCUGCAAAUUUACUAGAAGGCCCUCUGCGAGGGAAAAACGCUGUAGACCUCAUUACUCUGGAUUCCUUAAUAGAGCUGCAGGAUGACCAGAAUCCCUUUCAAUUCUGGAUAGUGAGCGUGGUUGAGAAUGUUGGGGGAAGAUUGCGCCUUCGCUAUGCAGGAUUGGAGGAAACUGACUCUUACGACCAGUGGCUGUUUUACUUGGAUUGUAGACUUCGACCGGUGGGUUGGUGUCAAGAGAAUAAAUACCAGCUGGAACCACCUGCAGAAAUCUCUUCUCUGAAGACUGCGUCUGAAUGGCGGACAGUCCUAAACACGGCUCUGACCAAGGCAGAAAAACGUUCCCUUCCCAUGGAAGUGUUUAAGGAUCACGCCGAUUUGAGGAACCACUCGUUCACAGUGGGGAUGAAGUUGGAAGCCGUGGAUCAGCGAGAACCAGCUGUGAUUUGUCCGGCUACUAUAACUAAGGUUUUCAACCAUCAUUUCGUGCAAGUCACUCUGGACGAUCUCCGGCCCGAACCACGCAACACAUCGAUACUUUGCCACGCCGAUUCCUUGGGCCUCCUGCCAGUGCAGUGGUGCCUUAAAAAUGGAGUCCAUCUCACCCCUCCCAAAGGUUAUUCUAAUCCGGAUUUUGACUGGGCGGAUUACCAGAAGCAGUGCGGAGCGGAGGCAGCUCCUGAGGGCUGCUUCAGAAAAGCUUCCUGUAAUCGAGCUUUUGUGAAAAACAUGAUACUUGAAGCAGUGAGCCCCCAGAAUCCGGCCGUGAUUUGCGUGGCAUCUGUCACUUCCAUAAAAGGCCGGCUAAUGUGGCUGUCUUUUGAAGGUCUUCCGCACGCACCUGCUUCCGAAUAUAUAGUCGAUGUGGAAUCGAUGGACAUCUUCCCUGUGGGCUGGUGUGAAGCAAACGGUUACAAGCUCUCGGCACCGCAUAAAAACCCCACGCAGAGGAAGAGAAAGAUUGCAAUCGUCCAGCCGGAAAAGCAGUUACCAGCGGGAGUGCCUAUUGUGAAAAUUCAGAAUCCUCACUGCAUUCCGCAGACGGACAUGAUGGGAACUGCCAAUGGGAGAUACAACUGCCCCGUGCUCUUCAUCAACCAUCGCUGUUUCUCAGGCCCACAUCUCAACAAAGGGAGAUUGGCAGAACUGCCACGGUCUGUUGGGCCAGGGAAAUGCGUCCUGGUUCUUAAAGAGAUUCUUCGUAUGGUGAUCAACUCUGCCUACAAACCCAGAAGCAUUCUGCGAGAGUUGCAACUUGUCAAUGACCCCAGGUGGAACUUCCAGGAAGAAAAUCUCAAAGCAAAAUACCGAGGAAAAACGUACAGGGCAAUGGUCAAGAUAGUUCGUACGUCUGACCAAGUCUCUGAUUUCUGCCGGAAGGUGUGCGCAAAACUGGAAUGCUGCCCCAAUUUAUUCGGCCCUGUUCCGGUCGCCGAAAAUUGCCCUGAAAACUGUUCCAGUCACACCAAAACAAAAUACGACUUUUCCUCUCCAGCAUACUAUUAUGGAAAAAGGAGGAAAGUCAUUAAGCCUUCUUCCAGUGAAGAAAACACGUACAGUCUGGAGAGCAGACACAAGAUGUGGUCCGAUUACAGUAAGAUGCAGAAACCAGGUUUAACACCGAAGAAAAGGUGUCUUUCCGCAACAGAUCUGAAUGGAGCAGGAUCGUCAGAGGAUAGUGACGAGGAAGAAGCAGACACCGCGUGGAGCGAGGAAACCAGCCCAGAAUUGCAGGAUGAUCUAACAGACGUCUCCUCAGAGGACAUACCUCUGGCCAUACCAAUGACCACAAUGAAGUUACGCAGCAGCAGAGGCUCCAUCCACUUGGCUCGGCCCGAGAGGGACAGGCAAGCCCAGAAGGCUCUUUCCUUCCUGCAUGCCAAAAGCGAGAGAACCAGGCAGAUCAAGCAGGCUGUGGAAGAGAAGCUCAUCCUAAAGAGCAACCCCUUGGAAUGGACUGUGACCGAUGUGGUGCAAUUCCUCCAGCUGACCGACUGCGCUCCGCUUGCCAAAAUCUUUCAGGAACAGGUUCUUUCUUUCUUUCUUUCUUUCUUUCUUUCUUUCUUUCUUUCUUUCUUUCUUUCUUUCUUUCUUUCUUUCUCUCUCUCUCUCUCUCUCUCUCUCUCUUUCUUUCUUUCUUUUUCUUUCUUUUUUCUCUCUUUCUUUCUCUUCCUUCCUUUUUUCUUUCUUUUUUCUUUCUCUCUUUCUGUCAUGUCCCACCCCCCACUCCGACGAACGAGUCAAGGAAGUCCGUGGCAAACUUGGCAACGAAGCCUCUGCAGCGUGCCAAGUCCCUCCGAGGUUUAUCAGGGCAGGCAGGAGUCCAAGUUGUGACUUCAGCGAUAGGGUCCGGUAUCAGCAAAGUCGAUAAGACUUUGCUUGACUCAAGGCUGGAAUGCCAAAAGCAGGUCCUUUAUAUAGGCUAUGGGGUGUGGCUCCAUGACUCAGCAUUUAGCCAGCCCUGCCCCACCCCUCCUUCUGCUGGCGUCACCUCUCAGAUCUCCGGAAGCGAGGGUCCUCCCACAUUAAAUUUUCUUCAGCUGGAUCUGCUAUCACUAAUUCCUGUACCUGGCUGGCUUCCUCUGACGGCUGAGCCAAAGGAACACACGCUGUAGGAGUGAAGUUUAUUGGGCUUUUCCGUUCACUCCUGGAAUCCUCUCUGGGCAUGGGGCCAGGGCCGGGGGCUGGAGGCAUGACAGGCCGUUCAUCUUCAUUAUCAGACUCGAAGUCUGAUAACAGGCCCUGUUGGAGACGGGAGGGGCCCGGCUGAGGAGAAGAGGGAGGACGAGUCACAACACUUUCUUUUUUUUUUCUUUCUUUCUUUUUCUUUCUUUCUUUCUCUCUUUUUUCUUCCUUCCUUCCUUCCAUCCAUCAAUCAGAAUAGAGCUGGAAGGGACCUUCGUGGUCUUCUAGUCCAGCGGUUCUCAACCUGUGGGUCGCGACCCCGUUGGGGGUGGAAUGACGAUUUGCCAGGGGUCGCCUAAGACCGUCGGAAAUAUGGGAAGUAUACUUGCGAGUCGAAGAAUCGCGCUCCAGUGGUUGACUCCACAAGCCAGCUGCAGGCUCUUCAAAUCGCUAGCCGAAUUCGGCUUCAGGCACGAUGAAUUAAAAAAGAGAGAAAUCUUUGCUCUGAUGUCUCCCUCUCAAGCCAGCUGCAAUCACUCCCAAUCUCUAGCCUAAUCUGGCUUCAGGCACGAUAAACUUAAUAGGGGAGGAGUCUCCGUUUUAAUGCCUCCGUCCUCAAGGCAAUCGCAAGCAGUUCAGAUCGCUAGCCAAUACGGCUUCAGGCGCGAUAAAUUCAAAAAAAACAGUGUGCCGCUUUUUUUCCCCUUCUACGGCUGCUGAGACGCACUGUGAUCGGUUGGGGUCGCCACAUCGUGGGGAAUUGUAUUAAAGGGAUCGCAACACUAUAAAAGUUGAGAACCACUGUUCUAGUCCAACCCCUUGCUCAAGCUAUUUCAGACAAGUGACUGCCCAGUCUCUUCUUAAAAACCUCCAGUGAUGAAGUACCCACAACUUUCCUUUCCUUCCUUCCUUCCUUCCUUCCUUCCUUCCUUCCUUCCUUCCUUCCUUCCUUCCUUCCUUUCUUUCUUUCUUUCCACUGUAGCACCUCCUACAGGAUCAGAAUUGCAUUAGCAUAAGACAUAGACUGAUAGGGUGAGAGGGAACCUCAGAGGUCUUCUAUAGAUCAAUACUAGAUCAAUAGGUACCACAUCAGUGGAAAGGUAACAACGCCCCAUGAUGUCAUGCUGGCCACAUGACCGUGGAAAUAUCUUCGGACAGCGCUGGCUCAAUGGCCUUGAAACAGAUUCACACCUCCACUAUAGUUGGCACCGACUAGUAGUGUUGUGGCUCCCGCCCCCGAACCUGGCCCCAUGCCCGAAAGUGCCUUGGAGCUGGGCCUGCUGCCAGAAAGUGACUUGGACAGUGAGGGGGAAGGGCCAUCAGGACUUACCUGGGAAGCACCGGCCUCCCUGGCUCAGCUCCAGGAGCCAGAAGCAGGCCAGGUGGAGGAGAUAAUGAGGCCUCCGUCCCCUGACUCUUCCCCCCCACCCAGGCCACGCCUGCAGACCCAGCUGACAGCAGUCAGGCGUGGUUGAAUCCUAGGUUUCGUAGGCAGGAGAGAAGGGAAUGACAGAAACAGGUGAGGGGCAGGCCUAGGAAGUGCUGUGUCAUGGAGCCACACCCCACAGGAUAUAAAAGGCAGCGAGAGCUGCUGUGUCUCUUUGUAACAGGCAAAUCCACGGAUUGACUAGAGCUGAAGGUUGUGACUCACAAGCGUCUUGGCAGCUAACGAGGGCUCUUGGCAGACGCUGGCUCUUUUGCUGCCAGAGCUGAUAAGAGCCGGCUAAUUAAGCUAUCGUUCAGACGGAGGCGAGGAAGACAGAACAAGUGAAAUAAAACUCACAGGAUUCCUUUACUUUUUUUUAACCUUCAACUUCCCAUUAAUUUCCUUUCUUCUUCUUCUUCUGUUUGUUUGUUUUUUUAGCCAAAUCCUAUGUUCAAUUACUAGACACCCAGGUGUGUUUCAUACCUGGAUCAAUCUGUAUAAAAGCUCCACAAUCCCGUGUUUUGAAACUUCAACCGAGGAAGCCUCCUUAACUAAAAAAUAUACUUUUUUUCCUCUCUAUUUCCUCCUUUUUUUUUUUUUGCAGGAUAUUGAUGGACAAGCCCUUCUCCUUCUGACACUUCCGACGGUCCAGGAGUGCAUGGAAUUGAAGCUUGGCCCAGCCAUCAAACUGUGCCACCAGAUUGAACGGGUGAAGCUGGCUUUUUAUGCCCAGUAUGCCAAUUGAC